AUGUGGACUGUUGUGUAUCAAAGUGAUAUUACGAGUGUGGAUACUAUUAGAAUGACUAGACUUGCAUUUUCAAAACUUUGUAACUUGCUUGAACAAAAAGGAGGAUUACGCAGUAGUAAACACAUGUUAGUUGAUGAGCAAGUUGCAAUGUUCUUACAUACACUUGCUCAUAACGAAAAGAACCGAAUAAUAAUCAAUAGAUUCCAAAGAUCUGGUGAAACUAUAAGCUGUUAUUUCAAGUUAGUUUUAGAUGCAGUUUGUCGGUUACACAAAGAGUUCUACAAGACACCUGUUCCAGUUCCAGAUAAUGAGACCGAUGAGAGGUGGAAAUGGUUUAAGGGUUGCCUUGGGGCACUAGAUGGGACAUACAUAAAAAUUAGGGUCCCUGUUAUUGAUAAAAAACCUUAUUGA